GAUCAACAUGGCGCGUGAUCUGCUGAGAACUGAAAAGAAAGACUACACCGACAGCUUACCCAGGGCUAUGUCUAUUAUAAGCAGUUUUGAUAAUCACCCAAAGCCCGCUGAAAGGACACCUGACUACAGCGCCAUCUAUCAAUAUUUAGCCCUUGUCCUUGAAGGGAAAGAACUCCCCCUCCUGGGGCCACUAGAGAGUGCAGUCAUGCUCGACUUACUUUACGGUGUGGCUGAUAAGAUUGCAAUGUCGGACACAACGAGACAGCGGCAGGUGAUGAGAUGGAAGUACAAGCUUCUAUCCAGCAAGGUCGACACGCAAAACAACCAGCUGUUCAUCAGACAGGCUCGCAAGGCUUUAUCUAAUGAUUUUGAAGAAUUUGAAAAUGCAUCAAAUGCGACUGUGGCAUCAGGCAGCAGUACACAGACCAGUCAAACGCCGUCUUCUAGUCAGCAGAGGUCUACUGUUCAAACAGGUACACCGUCUUCUAGUCAGCAGAGGUCUACUGGUCAAACAGGUACACCGUCUUCUAAACAGCAGAGGUCUACCGUCCCAGCCGACACAAAUACCGCAACAAUGUCAGGUUCUGCUCCUGGUCAGAGUACAACUUCUACAGCUAUUUCCAGAAGCACUCGGGUAGCAAAUGAAACUACAGUAAUAUCACACAACUCGGACAAAUCAGCCAACCCUGUACCCACAGCUAAAAAGCAACUGGGUCCACCAAAAAAGCGACAUAAAAAUAGUGAAGUCGAAUUUAGCAUUAGACGAGAAACUGAUAUUAUUGUUAGCAAAAAUCUGUUGAUCAGCGACAAUGAGACUGCUGAAGGAGUGGGUAAUAACAGCCUAAAGGUGAAGGAAAAGGGGAGAAUCCAGGAGGGCGUACGAGCUGGACGUCAUAAAGCUGGUGCGGACAGUGAUAGCAUACAGGUGCUAGGUGAUGAAGACGAGAGUCCUCCAGUUAAACGUCGGAGAGAUGAUGCUGAUGAAAUUGAAUCACAUCCCAUGCCAGAUUCAUAUGUUGUUCGCAAAGACAAUGAAAAGACAAAUUCUAGAGGUGAGAUUUUGGAUUCCGAACAAUUAAACAAACAGACAGACUCAGAACAGAUGUUGUCCCAAAAUGUUGGACAAAGGGCAACAGUAUCAACAGAUGAGAGCAGACCAUUGGAAUCAACACAAAACCAAACACAAAGUCCACCCUCCGUCAAAAAAAAGAAAGCAGUUGGUCGACCGCGUAAGAGUGUUUAUAAGAAAAAGGAAGAUCCUGUCAGAGCCGAUUCCGUUGUGCCUAACCAAGUGUUUUGGAGGGGACCAGGAAGGCCUGCAGGGGCAAAGAAAAUUAUUCCAGAAAGACCUGAAAAAGUUCUUGAGGAUCCGUCAGAGAUCCCGAAGAAACCUUCUCUUUAUACUCUGAAUCCUCUGUGUGUUCCAGUUAGCCUCUUGUCUCUUCGUAAUAAACCUGGUUGUACGUCAGCCCAACCAGUGGUGAGGAAGAAAUCAUUCCCUGCUAUCAUCAGCAAAAAACAUAGUCCAUUGUUCAACAGUCAGAAAAAUGAAGGAAUAACAUCUGUUAGUAUACACCGAAUGGCAGCGGUCAUUCCAGUUUCUAAACAGCAUAUUCUCCUUCCGAAUUCCGCUACACAGAAAUCUCAGUCCUAG